UGUUGACCGGAGCUGUCAACAGACCACCGGUAACCGCUCAGUCAUUCUACUGAUAAGCUGAGUUUGAUCUGGGCUUGUUCCGUCGAUGAAGUGCAGAUCCGUUGCAUGUAUUUGGUCAGGCUCACCGCCGGCCCACAAAGUCACCGCCGUAGCCGUACUGAACCACCCCUCAACUCUCUACACUGGCGGCUCCGAUGGCUCCAUCAUCUGGUGGAACCUCUACUCUUCCGCCGAAUCUGCUCUGGAAUUUAAGCCAAUUGCUAUCCUAUGUGGUCAUGCUGCUCCAAUAGUCGAUUUAGCUAUAUGUUGUCCCACAUCAGUUUCUGGGGAUGGUAGAUUAGAUGAGCCCAAUAAUAAUGUGGUAUCCAAUUCUAACUGUGGAGCAUUAAUAAGUGUAUGCACUGAUGGUGUCAUGUGCGUUUGGAGCAGAGCCAGUGGGAACUGCAGACGCAGACGGAAAUUGCCUCCUUGGACGGGAACCCCAUCUAUAGUCCGGAUAUUUUCUGAAAACCGUAGAUAUGCCUGCAUUGCUUGCUGCACGACUGAUUCCGUUAAUCAACAAGAUCAUCAGUCACUUGAUGCGGGAGUUGAAAGCUUGGUCGAUUCGGAGUCACAGCCUGCUAAACCCUCUAAGUGCACAGUCAUUAUUGUUGAUUCAUAUACUCUUAAUGUUCUUCAGACUGUUUUCCAUGGAUUCUUAUCCAUUGGACCUUUAAAGUCCAUGAAUAUAGUUUCAUCUGCCGGAGGUGAAUUGAUGCAGUCAGUUAUGAUGGUUGACAUUUUUGGGAAAGUGCAGUGUGUGCCAAUAUUGAAGGAUUUUAUUUCGAGCACAGAAAAUGUUAGACCAACACCAAGUAAUCCUUCUAGUUUAGGGAGUACAAGCUGGGUAGAUGGGUUGGAUGACAGAGGGCUUCUGUUGUCAUUCCUAAAAUGCGGCCAGGUCUUUGGUUGUUUGUAUAGAACAUGCUGCAUAUUUUGUUUAUUAGAGGAUGGAAGAAAAAUAGGCGAAAUUUUGUUCUUAGAUGAUCCACUUUGCUUGGAUGGCUGUUACAUCGUUGGGGGCAUGGUUCUUAGAGAUGAUAAAACUGAGAUGGGACUUGAUUCGGAGAAUUCAUAUAAUUUAUUUGCUGUUUGGAAUAAUAGAGGUUCAGCUGUUGUAUACAAGGUAUUGUAUUCAAGGAACAUCUUCAAGUAUGAACCCAUAUAUACCAUAUCUGCCACUUCCCACUCUUAUGGUAUGAGAUCAUCUAUAUCCUUUGCUCAAUUAAACAAAUGCCUUAUCCGGGUUGAAUCAGUUUGCUUUCAUGAAGAAGAACCGGUGCUUUGGAUGCCACAUUUAACACUUUGGUCAUUGCCUGAGCAGUGUGGUAACUAUGUGAAGCUACCUCAAGAUUGUGACAUGAUUGGUGAGGGAAUUUAUUCUAAUGAUUGGAUAUUGAACCUUACUUCGGAUACUCAUGGUGUUAGGCAUGAUGUUAGAGUGAAAUCAAAAACCACUGAGCAUAAUGUUUCAAACACUGAUCGUUCAUGUGAUAGAAGAGAGUUAGUAUCUUCAUCAAUGGUUAUUUCUGAAGACUAUGUGCCUUUAGCUGUUGUUAAUGGCUUCUGUAAUGGUGACAUAAAAGUAAUGUGUUUUGACAUGUUUUUUGAAGAAUCAAAUUUUCCCAGCCUAAGUCCCCGUCAAAGGAAACACACAAAUGAACAGUAUCUCACCGGUCACAGGGGAGCUGUACUAUGUUUAGCUGCACAUCAACUGAGGAAAUCUUCGGAAGGGACUUCUGCUUAUAUUUUGUUGUCAGGAAGCAUGGACUGCACCAUUCGUGUGUGGGAUCUUGACUCUAGCAAUCCACUUGUGGUAAUGCACCAGCAUGUAGCUCCAGUCCGCCAAAUUAUUCUCCCUCCACCUCAAACUGACCAUCCUUGGAAUAAUUGCUUUCUUUCGGUUGGGGAAGAUUCAUGUGUUGCCCUUGCUUCACUUGACACUAUGCGGGUGGAGCGGAUGUUCCCAGGUCACCCGUUUUAUCCUUCAAAAGUUAUGUGGGAUAGUAGGAGAGGCUAUAUAGCCUCUCUCUGUUCAAAUCAGACAGGAGAUUCUGCUCGAGUUGAUAUUCUUUACAUAUGGGAUGUGAAAACUGGGGCUCGUGAGAGGGUCCUCCGUGGAGCUGCUGCCCAAUCAAUGUUUGAACAUUUCUGUUUAGGCAUCAACAAAAGUCUUCCUCCUGGCUGUAUGAUUUAUGGGAAUACGUCUGCUUCCUUGAUGCUUUUUCCUGUUAUUGAGGAAACGAAGCAUUCACAAUCUCAUUUACAAACUUCAGGGAAGGCUAUUUCUUCGUCAAAGACCUCUUCUGCUAGUACAAGCACAAAUUACAGUGUUACAUCUGCAUGUGUCAAUGGUGAAAAUGCUGCAGGGCCUAUUGCUUCUGCCUCCCAAAGUAAAAACCAACCAAUCAAGAGCUUUUGUCCAUUUCCUGGAAUUUCUGCUCUAUCUUUUGAUCUUACAGCUCUCAUGUCUCUUUGUCUGAGGUCUGAGCCUUUCAGAAGUGAGUUUGAUAACAUUGAUAAAAGCCAAUCAAAAAUGGUAAGGAUUGAUAGUCACACACAAGGCACUGAAACUAAAGUGAGCAUUCAUAGAAAGGAGCUUGAAAAGGGGUUGCCUGGUCAGCACCAUGUGAUUGAAGAUAAUGAAGUUGAUGUGACUAAGAGAGAUGCUGCACAAUAUCAUGAGUGGAUCUGCUCUAUUGAAAGGUGUCUACUUCAGUUCACUUUGGCUUUAUUACAUUUGUGGAAUCUCAAGAGACCUACAAAUUUUCUUAUAUCUUCUGGUCUACUAGGGGAUAGAGGGUCUUUGACGUUGUCAUUUCCAGAUGCUCCUGCAACUCUUGAGCUUUGGAAAUCAUCAUCCGAGUAUUGCGCUAUUCGCUCACUAACUAUGGUCUCCCUUGCCCAACAUAUCAUUAGCUUGUCACCUGGCUAUUCAGCAGCUAGCAGUGCAUUUUCAGCAUUUUAUAUGCGCAAUUUGACAGAAAAGAUCCCAAACAUUAAGCCCCCUUUACUGCAGCUUUUAGUAAGCUUUUGGCAAGAUGAGAUUGAACAUGUAAAAAUGGCUGCACGUUCUUUGUUCCAUUGUGCUGCUUCACGAGCUCUACCUCCUCCACUCUGCAUGAAUAAAACAAAUCAUCGUGAAGAUCUUAUGGAUUAUUCAUAUGGACUGUCAGAAAAUGAAAAGUAUGAGAGGCACAUUCGGUUGGAAACAGAUUCUGAGGAUAAAGAAUCAGAAAUAUUAUCAUGGCUAGAGUCUUUUGAAAUGCAAGACUGGAUUUCUUGUGUCGGGGGAACAAGUCAAGAUGCAAUGACAUCUCAUAUCAUUCUUGCUGCUGCAUUGUCCGUUUGGUAUCCUAGCCUUGUGAAGCCAAAACUUCCCAUGCUAGUUGUUCACCCACUGAUGAAAUUGGUAAUGGCUAUGAAUGAAAGAUAUAGUUCCACUGCUGCAGAGAUUCUAGCAGAAGGAAUGGAGAGCAUGUGGAAGGCAAUCAUUGGUUCUGAAGUAACUCGACUGAUAGCGGAUAUUUUCUUUCAAAUUGAGUGUGUCAGUGGUGCGUCUGCUAAUGCAUCCACACAAAUGUCAGCCCAAUCUGGAAAUAUUCAUGAAACUCUAGUUGAUGUUCUUCUCCCAACUUUGGCAAUUGCUGACGUGCCCGGUUAUCUUAAUGUAAUUGAAAGCCAAAUUUGGUCAACUGCAUCUGAUUCACCUGUGCAUGCAGUAUCCCUCAUGACUCUUACUAGGGUUGCACGUGGUUCUCCAAGGAGUUUAGUUCAGUACCUUGACAAGGUGGUUACUUUCAUUUUACAGACAAUGGAUCCUAGUAACUCGGUAAUGUGUAGGGCUUGCUUGCCAAGCUCAAUGGUUGCAUUGAAGGAAAUGGUUCGUAUAUUUCCUAUGGUAGCCCUUAAUGAUUCAUCAACAAAGCUGGCCAUCGGAGAUGCAAUUGGUGAUAUAAACAAUACAAGCAUUCGUAUAUAUGAUAUGCAAAGCAUUACCAAAAUAAAGAUCUUGGAUGCAAGUGGACCACCGGGACAUCCAAGUUUAAUUGGAGAAGCUUCAGAAAUGGCUGUAAAUACUUCAAUAUCUGCCCUUAGUUUUUCACCAGAUGGAGAGGGGCUCCUUGCUUUCUCUGAGAAUGGACUGAUGAUUAGAUGGUGGUCCUUAGGGUCUGUAUGGUGGGAGAAACUUGCCCUGAAUCUCGCUCCUGUCCAGUGCACCAAACUGAUCUUCGUUCCACCAUGGGAGGGGUUCUCACCUAAUUCAAGAAGGAUUAGUAUAAUGACUGCUGCUGCUUUUUCUAAAAAUGGACAACAUGCAUCAAAGGGGAGCUCCGAGCCUUCAAACGAAAUAGACAGAUUAAAACUUUUGGUUCAUAAUCUUGACUUAUCUUAUAGACUGGAAUGGGCUGGAGAAAGAAAAGUAAAACUCACACAACAUGGCCGUGGAUUGGGCAUUUUCCAGCUUCAAGUGUAAUUUCUUUUUAUUCUUUGUGUUCAACAUUUUCUUGUGCAUUCUACUUAUUCUUUGUAGUACUGUUUUUGGUUAAAUAGGGAUUGACAGGUAUAUGGUAAAUGGCUUUUUUUGUUGUAUAAAUGAAUGAUUCAAGUGGAAAUUGUGUCGGGUGUUUUGAUUAUUAAUGCAGUUGGCAUAUUGGGAAUACACUGAAUCUAAUGUAAAUAUAUGUUGCUAAGUACGAUUUUGGCAUAUAUCUCAGAUUUGGGGAGCCUUUGAUAGGUUUCUUUCCAAGCCCACAUCUCUAGUUGGCGAAAUCCCUUAUCACUUGCCCCCACACUGCGGCUUGACAAGAUUGUGG